CGCGGCAUUUCUGUAGGGCGCAUGCGUUCUAUACCGUCAACGCGCGGAAUUGUACAGGGGAGGGAAUCGUUGUGAAGACUUUUUAUACGUUAUUGUCUUGCCACCUGUUUAAACAUUAUUUUAUCCUAUAACGUAAACUAACGGCACCAUGUGGAACCAAGGGGGAUCAUACGGUGAAUCAAACAUGGGAGGUGGAUACACUCAGUCCCCGGGAGGAUUCGCAUCACCUGCUGCCUCCCAGGGAGGAGAGAAGAAAGGGAGACAACGUGCCCAACAAAUUGUCCCCUGCACAGUGUCCCAGCUCAUGUCUGCUGCCCAAGCGGAGGAUGUCUUCAAAGUGGGAGAGGUAGAGGUUGCCCAGGUUACAAUUGUGGGCAUCAUCAGAACCACUGACAAAUCCAUGACCAACAUCCAGUACAAAGUUGAUGACAUGACAGGGGCCCCUAUGGACGUGAAGCAGUGGGUAGAUACAGAGGAUCCCAGUGUAGACAGCACUGUCAUCCCCCCAGACACUUAUGUCAAGGUCUCUGGCAAUUUGCGCUCCUUCCAGAACCACAGGUCCGUGGUGGCGUUCAACGUCCGGCCCCUUCAGGACAUGAACGAGAUCACCUCCCACAUGCUGGAGGUGGUGCAGGCACACAUGCUGCUCAGCAAACCACAGACUAUUAUGAUGGGCGGAGGAGGGGGAAUGAACACUAGCAUGGUGCCCAUGUCACGGCCGGGAAUGGGUGGCAACAUGGGAGGUGGAUAUUCGGGUGCUAACGACAUGUCCACUAACGGCCUGAGCCCAAGCCAUAACCAGGUGCUGAGCUUGAUAAGGAGCUGUCCAGACGCACAGGGUAUCAGCACACAGAACUUGAAGCAGAGUCUGAGCGGCAUGAGCUUGGCUGUCAUCAAGCAAGCAGUGGAGUUCCUCAGCAACGAAGGACACAUCUUCUCCACCAUCGACGAGGAUCACUUCAAGUCUACGGACAAUGACGACUAAAGCAUCUCUCCAUUCCCUGUUAGCACUAAGAACAUGAUCAUAGACUUGGG